GACUGUCAAAGCAUUAACCAGUGUGGUCUGGAUUGCUUUCAGAGGCUCCACAAGGAGCUGCCCCUCAGCCUGGAGGAACUGGAAGAUGUGUUCGAUGCCCUGGAUGCUGAUGGAAAUGGCUUCCUGACCCCGGAGGAGUUCACCACUGGAUUUAGUCACUUCUUCUUCAGCCAGAAUAAUCCAGGUCAGGAGGAUGCAGGUGAACAGGUGGCCCGGCUCCAAGAGGAGAAGGUGUACCAGUUCCGAGGGGAUGAAGAUUUGGGCAACAUGGACCAAGAUGAGGAAGCUGAUCAGUUCCAGAGGUUGAUGGACAAACUAGGAGCCCAAAAAGUUUUGGAAGACGAAGACGACGUGAAGCAACUCUGGCUGCAGCUGAAGAAGGACGAACCUCACUUGCUGUCCAACUUUGAAGAUUUUCUAACCAGAAUCAUCUCCCAACUCCAAGAAGCCCAUGAGGAGAAGAUUGAACUGGAACGCGCCCUAAAAAGGAAAAUCGCUGCUUAUGAUGAAGAGAUCCAGCAUCUCUAUGAGGAGAUGGAACAACAAAUCAAAAGCGAGAGGGAGCAGUUUCUCCUGAAAGACACGGAGAGGUUCCAGGCCCGCAGUCAGGAGCUGGAAAAGAAGCUAAUUGCUAAGGAGCAGGAGCUGGAGAGACUCAACCAGAAGCAGAAAAGGCUGGAAGGCCAGUGCACAGCCCUGCAUAACGACAAGCACGAGACCACGGCUGAGAAUACCAAGCUAAAGCUUACUAACCAGGAGCUGGCACGGGAGCUGGAGCGGACGGCCCGGGAGCUCCAGGAUGCUCAGCAGCAGCUGGAAAUCCUCCAGCAAGAGGCCUGUAAACUGCAGCAGGAGAAGGAGCUGGAAGUGUACCGGGUGACAGAGAGUCUACAGCGGGAGAAGUCUGGACUUCUGAAGCAGCUGGAUUUCCUCAGGGAAAGGAACAAACACCUUCGGGAUGAACAGGAUAUAAGCUUUCAGAAAGAAAAGGCAGCCAAGGCUGACAAGGCUGCGCCCAAGGCAAGCAGGAAGCAGAGAUCUGGCUCUGUGAUCGGCAAAUAUAUGGACAGCAGAGGGAUUCUCAGAAGCCAGUCAGAGGAGGAGGAAGAUGUGUUUAGCCUGCAGAGAAGGAAGAGCUCCCUGGGCCUGAGUGGAUAUCCUCUUACAGAAGAAGACUCAGGGACUGGGGAGACAGGGACUGGGGGUCCACCCUGCAGGGCCCUCCGCAGAAUCAUCUCCAUUGAGGAAGAUCCCCUGCCCCAGCUCCUGGGUAGUGGCUUUGAGCAGCCACUGAGCAAAUGUCCAGAGGAGGAGGAAGCCUCUGAACAGGCAGGAGGAAGACAAAUCCGGCAGUCCACGCCUUUGGAACUCACCCCCACAUCUCCCAGAGGACAACCUGUUGGCAAAGAAGCCCUCUAUAAGCAGGAGGAAAGCUCUCCCUCUACCCCAGACCGGUUCUUCAAGAUUGUGUUUGUGGGCAACUCAGCGGUGGGGAAGACAUCUUUCCUCAGGCAGUUCUGUGAAGAACGGUUCUCCCCAGGCACGGCGGCCACUGUCGGCAUUGAUUAUCGCGUGAAGACAGUGAAUGUGGACGACUCCCAGGUGGCCCUGCAGCUGUGGGACACAGCAGGGCAAGAGAGGUAUCGCUGCAUCACCCAGCAGUUCUUCCGGAAGGUGGACGGCGUCAUCAUCAUGUACGAUCUCACGGUCAAGCAGUCGUUCCUGUCGGUCCGGCAGUGGCUGAGCAGCGUGGAGGAAGCUGUGGGAGACCAUGUUCCCAUUCUUCUGCUGGGCAAUAAACUUGACAACGAGAAGGAGCGAGAAGUCCCCCGAGGCCUCGGAGAGCAGCUUGCCAAGGAAAAUAAUCUGAUCUUCUAUGAAUGCAGCGCCCAUUCUGGUCACAAUACCAAGGAGUCCCUGCUCCAUCUAGCCAGGUUCCUCAAGGAACAUGAAGACACAGUAAGGAUGGACACCAUUCAGAGUUACCAGCAAUAGCAAUAACGAAGAACAUCAUAACUCCACCUUUCACCCAAUUCAGCGGAGCCAAUUUAAUCAAAGUGCCCUACUUAGGAGAACAGUGCUGGAAAUGAUGGGGGUUGGGAAGCCAUAUGGUGCUUGGCAGACAACUGAAAUCAAUGUGGAAACUGAGGAGCACAGGCGAGGCUGUGUCAUUUAUCACUCUGGGGCCAGGGCUGAGUCAGGUCCAAGCACUGACCCUUGUUCCAAAUUGGGACCUCAUCAAGGCUUUGGCUAGGAUUCAAAAGUGGUACUUGGAGACCCUUGUCAUAGCACCAGGAGACUUUUCUUCCUACAAAUGAGGACUCCUAGGACCAAUAAUGCCUGUACUAUCAUAAUGAAUUAUGGCUGGAUCUAUCUGACCUAUAAAAAUAAAUACUGCUCAUAAAAACACUGCACCACUAAGCAAAAAUGUCUGAAGAAUGCAGAGAGAAUGGGAUUGCAUUCUUUUAAAACUUGGGAACAAGAAUUGAAACAUGUGGAUGUGGAACUCAGCAGGAUUUGAGAAAGGUAGGGGUGGAAGUGGGAUUCACUGAGCAGGUGCAGCACGGCAUCAAAGGCAGAGCAUUGGGUGUGGUCCAACAACAGGUGCACGGUCUCCCGACCCCUUUGUAAUGAUGCUAGUUGUGCCACUUUGCAGGAUGGUUAUGCAGACAUGCUGCCUACUAGGCUCUAAAGAGCAAAAGACUGGACUAGGAACUGGAUCAAGUUACGUAGGGCAGGAACAUUCAUCUCUGAGCCUCACAUUUGGUCCAGUGUCUAGCAAACUGUGUUUGCCUGAUAGGAGUUGAAAACAGAGCAUCAUUUCUUUAGAACAAGGUCGUCACCCCACACCCCCAAAGGCUGGAGCUGCUUCACUGGAACCCCAGGGUCUCCAAAACUGGACAACUGAGUCUCUGUGGCUUGGGCAGAUCAAUUGAGUUUUGCCUCCCUGGUUCAAAUGAGGUGCUGUCUCUGCUUUUUGCAAGAACAUCCUGGGGAGCAUUCCAGCUGCUGCGAUUCAAUUGCCUUCAAUGUGAUGCCCAUCAAAGCACCCUCUCUCACCCCCCUGCAGCCUCCCCAGCUGCUGCCAGUGGCAAUAUAUUAUCUUCAGGCAGCCAAUGUCUCAAUUUAACUUGGAUUCCAUGCCUCUGUGCAUACAAGAUGCGUCCCUUCCCAGUUCUCUUUCUUCCUGGUGUGGAAUCAGCUGUACGUACCCAAUUGUGUCUCUCCCAAAAGCUUUCUCUAGCCUCUUCAGAAUAAGGACCUGCAUACAAAUUAUGCAACCAUGGGCAAAACCUGGAACAGCUGGAUGCUCUGAAUCCACAUCCACAUCUGUAAAAUAGUACUCUCUGCCUUACCUCCCCUCCCCCAAGGUAGUGGGAAAGCAAAUGAGAAGUCUAGGGAAAGAGCUUAAUCCACGGAAAGGCUUUAAACAACAUCAUCACCUGCUCCCCCACCCAACUCUGCACCCUAUGCAAGAGACCAAAGCCCAACAAAGAGGGUUAGAAAGAAUGUUCCCUGUAACUUGGAGAAGCUGCGGUCACGGGUCAAAGAACUUCCCAUUUCUCUUUGAAAGGAGAAUAAGUAAAACUUGCAUUCCUUUCAACUAGACACUUUCAUGUAAGUACACUUUGUUUCUUUCUACCAUGCUUUUUGGGGGCACCAGGAAUGGAACCCAGGGAGCUUAACCACUGAGCCAUAUCCCCAAGUCCCCAAACCUCUAUGCCCUGCAUUUUAAAAAAUUUUGAGAUGGGUUCUUGCUAAGUUGCUUAUUAGGGCCUUGCUAAAUUCCUGAGGCUGGCUUUGAAUUUGCAAUCUUCCUGCCUCAGCCUCCCCCAAGUUAUUGUGAUUAUAGGCGUGCACCAUCCCACCCAUCUCUACCAUGCAUUAAAGUUGCAUAGGGGGCCAGGGUCGCAGAAUACAAGGUCUUGCUGGCAAGGUUCUGACUUUCAUUUUUGUAUAUAGCAGGGCCUGGUACAGAAGAGACACUAGGUGGGUGAAUGGAUGAGUUUGCUGCCCAGGGCAGACUUUUAGAGAGUGCCUUCCUAAAGCACCCACCUUUGUAUAUGUGGGUUAUAAAGCACUUUUACAUCAGGGUGGUGGAUACUUCUGGAGAUGACUGGUGGUGAUGACUACACAUGCAAUAUUGUGAACGUACUUAAUGCCAUUGAAUUGCACAUUUUGAUAUAGUUAAAAUUGU